UAAAGUCACAAGAAGUGGAUCGCGUCGCCUCUAGCGGCCGGUGUAGAGAAAGAAUGUGGCCUUGGAUAGAAUUUCCGCUUUUGCUUGUGUAACGCUCAAACUACUCCUAACAAAAAUAACUUUUGAUUGAUAUUACAGUUAAAUCGGACAUCAAUCAGUUAUUUUUCAGUUGUUAUUAUCAAAUUAGUGUACGGCGCGCUAGACUCGUGCACGUUUAGCGUAUCCUAGCGUUAGGACCUAGCGAGUGAAGAGAGCGACUCAGACAUGCGAAGUCAUUAGUGUAAACUUUCAACACUCAAUUAAGCAAUUUACACGAUCAACACAUUUCUCGCGGUUUGCAAGAUAUUAUACACACAAAAUAUUCUAUCGAUUUACACGUAAUUCGCGCGCGCGCCUGCGAUAUAUUUUCGUGGCCGCUCAACGGUAGCAACACUGGUAACGUUAGCGUUAAAUCGCAUGGACCAGUCCGGGAUUAACUUUAAACCUGAAAAAAUGGAGCUGGUUGUUGUCACUCAUAUUGUGGACGCCAUCACCUUUUGGGCUCAGAAUGUGACAGACAAAGCAAAUGAGAAGAUGGAAGCUAUGCUGUCAGAGAAGUGUCCAACUGCCCAGAUUUUGAUGGCCAGGCCAAGUCCACAAAAGGUUUACGGGGCACGCUAUUCAAAGGACAGGUGCUGGUACAGGUGUACGGUACAACAAAAAUCAGAUGACAAGUUCUUUAUUUCGUACAUUGAUUAUGGAAAUAAGGAGAUUCUCAGCCGAUCUGACUUAGUUGAACUUCCAGAGGACCUGCAGGCCCCUGGACUUGCAAAAAAGUAUAAGUUCUGGGGCUUUCAUGUGUCGAGCGAGGAGGAAACUCCCCUUUAUUCACAGGGGAGGUCCUUCCUUCACAAUAUCAUUCACGGGAAGAAGUUACGUGUCCAUAAGAAGUCGGUUUGCUUUGAUGGAACCAUCCUGGUUCAAGCCUUCCAGGGAAAUCUUGACAUUGGUGAGGAGCUGUUGAAAUUUAAAUUUGCCAAAUUAAAUCUCCCGGGCAACAGGGACUCCAUCUCCCCAUUAAGGGAGGACACAGGACUGUGGCCCGGCAGCAGCCCCCCAAGGGAGUUGGGGACACUCGGAUCCUCACCGGGCUGCAUGCCCAAGUUACGCCCAAUAUUCUCCGACCAGAAACCUCAAAUCAUGAAGGAGCAGAAAACUAUCAUUGCACUCCAGGCUUUGGCUAGACUGAAUAUUGAACAUAAUGAAGAGGUCAAGCCAUCAAAGGCAGAUGCACAGCAGAACACUCAGGAAACCCACAAGAGAUUGAACGACACCAAUUCUGAACUGCAGUAUACCCAGAGGAUGAGCGAGGUAUUUAAAGAGAAGGAGAUGGAGAUCAUGAAGCUAAAAAAAGAAGGAACGGCUCUCCAGCAGCACUCGGUUCUCCUGGGACAGCAGCUAGAGGAGGCCAGACUCGAGCUCAAGGCACUGAAGGGGAGCUUUGUGGAGAAGACGGAACAUAAUCAUCCUUCAACAUCUGCAGACAGAAUUACCCAGCUGUCAAAGAAAGUGGAUUCGUUGAGGAAACUAAGAAUAAGUUUUGAUGAUUCAAAGGUGCAUUUGCUGAUUAAUAUGAGUUGCAACCCCAGGGACAGUAAUUCAUGUUCGCGUUCUGAAGAUCACAUUCUGGAAGCCAUCACCAUCAUCAUGAACUACAGGGUCACAAUGCCUCUGAACUCACAGAAGCUGGAGGUUUUGUGGGAAAAUUACAAUCAGACCUUAGAGAAACUAAAAGCUUGUCAAACGAUGGGGGAAAUGGAGUGUUUGGUGAACAGGAGAAAUGAGGCCCGUGCCGCUCUCUCUGUUAGUGUGGAUGACUUUCUGCAAGAGGUGGACGAGCUGCCUGUCAAUGCACGACUGGAGAGACUGACGGAAGUGGGGACAUCUUUGACUGCUCUGUUUGGUUCAGUGUUGCCGGAGGAGCAGGUCGACGAACAUUCUUUUGAGAAGUUCUGUGAAUGGAGGAGGGAGAAACACCAGAAAACCAAAGAUGUGCAGAAAGCUACCGAUGAGGCUCUCAUGGCUCUAAGCAACUGGGCAGCCAGGCUUACUAAGUUUUUCUGUUUGUUGGAAAAAACGUUGGUGACCGGAGAGGAUGUUGCUGAUGGAGUGUGUGAGAUACUGAUGAAUGCUGAAGCUGCAGUGUGUGAAGAACUCAACACUGCCUUAUCCAAGAGCCAGGAGACGAAAAUAGUGUUAAAUGCCUUUCACAAAGCCAUGCAAGACAUCCGAAAAGAACAGAUUUUGUUAGAGGACAUCAGGCAGAAGUAUGAGCUCAACAUGAAGUUUAAGCAGGAGGUGCUGAAGUGGCAGAACGGUCCUCCUAAACUGGAUGAGCUUUUUGCAGUGAAGAAGCACAUCAGGAGCUUGAGAUCUCAGCUGCGCUGGAAACUAGUGGAGGUCAGCUGUCUGGAAGAGGCAGAAGACCUGGAUCUGCCAGAGAUCCUGAAGAAGAAGGAGGAGAUCACUGAGACGAGGAACGCUCUCUUUCGAGAAAUCAGCCAUGAGCAGAGGGAAUAUUUUAUGCUGUGUGACAUGGUGAACAAAGGGUUUCCUGAAUUACCAAUGAUCUACCCUGAUGCAGAUAUCAACAGCUACAAGAGCUCUGCAGGACUGUUACUGAAGAGCUUGGACAGAGACAUGUUUGAUGCAGAGCCAAUGAAAGAGCUGAGUGGGAGGAGACCUCUUCUGAGCACAGAUUUUCAAGGGCAGAAAGUAGUCCUGAAGUGUUACACUGUGGAUGAAGAGUCAGAGGAGAAGAUGCUUAAACAAGCUGCCCAGUAUCACACAGCUCAGCAGCAGAACCCAUCCAAAGUCGUGCCUCUUAUAGCACUGUUUUGCGGCAAGUCUGAUCCACUUGCAUACGUCAUGGUUCCACACUAUUCUAAUGCAAGCCUCCGAACCAUUCAGAAAUCUUCUCCACUGUCGUCUUCUGAGAUUAAAAGGGUGAUGAGAGGUGUAGCUCUUGGACUACAGGGUCUUCAUGCUGUAUCUGUUACUCAUGCAUCGCUGCAUCCCAACAACGUGUUUGUCCUGGGCCGAGAAAAAGCCAUUGUGGGGGAUUAUGAUUUCACAAAGACACCUGAGCAGAGGGCAACUGACAGUGGAAUGGUCGCUGGUUCUAUCAGUCUGGUGGCUCCAGAGUUGAGAAAGGGUCAUCCCCUGUCCCCGGCCACUGACAUGUAUGCCUUUGGAGGCAUCUUGCUCUGGCUGCAUGUUCCCGACUUCAAUGCAACUCUAGAGAGUGAGAAUCAGAAUGUGCAGUUUACUGGAUUGCAUCUGGAUGAAAACUUGCAAAUCCUUCUUCCAAAGUUACUGAUUUCUUCUGAAAGAUUGUCUGCUCCUGAGACCUUAAAGGAUGCUUACCUCACGUCGGCUGACUUCUAAAUGUUUAAUGUUUUUAGUUCUAAAUUCUUUUUCAUUUUUCUUAUAUUCUGUCUAAGAAAGAAAAACAAGUUGGAGUUGUUUGUUUGUUCCCUUACAGUUUGUGUUCCUUAAAUAAAUAUAUAGAGGCAGAACAAAGUGAAGUUGAGAGAUGUACAUUAUUUUAUGGUUUCUUGAAAAAAUUCCUCCCUUGCUCAACAUGUGAUAUUUUA